AUGACAGAGGUGCUGGAGGACGGUUAUGAGAAGGCGUAUUCUGCUAUCAACCUAUUCCAUUUUCCGUCGACAAUAAACCAGGCCGAUUCUCCACUCCAGGAAAGUCAUGUGAUUGCCUGUGUGGCAUUGUGCAGUAUAGCUCAAAUAGGUCUCUUAAUCUGGUUCAUCCUCUCCUUCCGUCUGAGGCAAUUCGGUCAUGCUUCAGUCGAAGUAGGACGUUCACGCUGUAGAAACCCUCCUGUCAAUGCGCUCCGCACCAGUGAAACCGACAAGGAUACCUUCUACUAUCGCGAUCCCACGACAGGAAAUUUGAUUGUACGACUGGACUUCCUGGUUGAUUUAGCACACCUUUUGAAAAAUUUUGGAGAAUCCCUUGCCGACUACAAGCAACACCACUCGGAGUAG